GCAGAACUACAUUAGCAAGCUUGCGAAAUUAACAGCGUUGCUGAGCAGCGUCAUGCGCUGAGACGGCGCAAAUAAUUGUUGAACUCAAUCGCACGAGUCGGUGAAGGCGACGUUGGCUGCAGCGGAAACAACGAAUGCAAACGUUUCCUCUAGCAACUCAAGUAAGGAGGGCAGUAAAAAACGAUAGCUGCGGCGUCGACGGAGACAGCUGUCACCCCUACAAAGCGCCCUGAUUAUUCGUUACGCCUUUACCAUUUGAUACGUUGGCAACUAUAUGCUCAACCUUUGAGUACCGCACUUUGUCUCGAAUAAACAAAAUACGUUUUGGGAGUUUCUUGAAUUCUCACCUAUAAACAAAGCGAUUUUACGGCGGCUUGCAAGCAGGUAGAAAGACAAAAGCGCGUGCUGCAAAUACGUUACGAGGCCAACACUCUUACAUUUCCGCCUCGCUGCAAAAGGCCGUCUGCAUCGCGUUGCGUAUAGCGAAUUGGGUCGACGCGUCGGUAUGGUGCGCGAUAUUCUUCUAUAUAUCCUUUUAAUCGUUUUAUUUUGCCUGAUUUUCAUGGCGCAAUUACUUGUUAAUGUCUACGCCUUCCAACGACAACCGCCCACCACGAAAUCAGAUCGUGCAGACAUUAUUUUUGUGUAGACUUGCCGGAGUACGUGCCAUACCACGAAUUGGACAAACCCGGUCAACUAAAAUACAGUGUACCAUGAGGGAAGCGCGUCAACGCUUCACGAGUCAAAAGGCGUUUGAAGACGGAACACAGACUGGGCGGCGGGUAAUGAGUGCGUAUGGAGAGCAGCUGCGUGGCGGGGAGGGAUCCGAUGGCAAAGCGCAUAACAGAGAAAUAAGAGAAAAAACACCAAUACAUUGCUUUAAGUGGAGGACAAUCAGGAAGCUCGCAAAAGUCACAUUAAUAAGCUCAUAGGAUAAACCAAUCUAUGCGUAAGCCGAUGGCGACGGUGGUGACCAUAUAACUGUGUAGCUUGCGGCAAAGUGACGGUUUCAAUUAAAUGACAGCGUAUCAAAGGCAGUGGACACCGCAUCCAGUUGGGUGGAGAGAGAAAAAAACUUUGGUUGCACUGACGAGGAAUCAGAGUACAAAUGCAGAGCUUGAGCUAAUUAAGACUUACGCAGAGAAAAAAAUUGAAGGAAAAACAAGAUUUAAGCGCAAUAAUAAAAAGAAAAAAUGUAUGCAAUAAAAACAAAAUGCUAAUAGAAAGUGGAAUGAAUCAGAGCAUUCGAGCAGCAAAUGCAUAAAAUUACGAGAAUAACAACAGUUUAUAACAAUAAGACAAACCACGACAUGCAAUGAGAAAACUUACAACAGAAAUAAAUACAAAGACGAGUUUUAAUUAACUUUAAGUAAAAGUGUAACUAUGACAAUUUCAUAUAUAAUAUAACUUCAAUGACUGGCUAAAAAUGGUAAAGAAAAGUUUUGCAGAAAUUCCUUGAUGCAGAUUAAUUUUAGCAAAUUAUUUUAUUCCACAAAACUCAUCGCAUAUAAAUUUAGCUGCUUAAUUGAGAGCUGCAAGAUAGAAAAUUGUACUCGCUUAGUAAUUUGAAAGAAGUUAAAGCAGAAGGCUGAGAGAUGAAGAGACAAAACCAGAAAAAUGCUUGUAAGCAUGAGAAAAUGAGCGUGGAUCCGAAGACAAUGAAAUAGUAAAAAUGCGGAAGAAAGAAGGGCAUUAAAUAUUUAUAAUUUUUUUUAAAUUUUUAAAUAAUUAUUGUACUAAAAAUAAUUCUAUUGUGUAAAAUUAUACAC